CCCCCCAACCAAACCCCUCAACCCCCCACCGUUUACAUCCACCUCUAAUAUUCUCCUAUCUACUGCCACCACCUCACCACCACCAUCUCCGCCGCUGUCUCUCCAUUUCUUCAGUGUGUGUCUGUGUGUUUUUUCUUUCUUUCCCUAUAGACUCUGUUUGAUUAUGUACUCUUCUGUUUUAAAAGCUUACUAUCUUUGUUUUUAAUCUUAUCCAUUUCUUCCAAACUUCCCUUUUUUCUUUUCUUUAACUUAGCUUACUCUAAAACAACUCUUACACAAAAUUCUAUACCUUCACAAAUUUUCUUACUACUUCAAGUUAUUCCCUUUUGAUUUUUUCUUUUUCUGUAUUUCUACAUGUGAAUUAUCUUGAAUUCUAGCUUCAUACUUAAUGGGGUUUUUUUCCUUUCUUUACUAGUAGGAUUUAUGUGAAAAUCUUGAAUUUUUAAGUUUCUCUGAAUUUUAUCUACAGUUCUUUAGCUAUUUAAAUUAGCUCUAAAUGAACCAUCUUUGUUCCUAAAUUAAGGUCUUAAGUAUAGUAUAGUGUUGUCUUUUUUUUUAAUAUUUUAAGGGAAGAGAGUUAGGGAGAAAAAAAAAGGAAUUAAAAUGGAUCAGAGUAGAUUUCAGCAGCAACCAAUAAAUUCAGGUUUAACUAGGUAUAGAUCUGCACCAAGUUCUUAUUUUUCUAGCUUAUUAAGUAGUACUCCUAGUAGUGGUGGUGGUACUAAUAUUACUAGUGGGGGUUGUGGUUAUGCAAGAGAUGAUUUUUCUCAAUUACAAAAUUCUCGUGGUUCGAAUAGUACUGAUAUAGAGCAAGUUUUCGCUAAAUUUGUAGCUAGUAUUGGUAAUCAGGGCUCGAAUUCGGGUAGUUUUAGUAGUAAUCAACAAAUUCAGGAAAAUCCUGCGAGUAAUAUGAAUGUGAGAUCAGAAUUUAUUGUUCCAAAACAAGAGGUUAAGCAGCAGCACGAGCGAUUGACGCGACAUAGGAGUAGUGAUUACUCUUUAGUUUCACAGAUGAAUUAUCAAACUCAAGCUCAACAACAGAGCCAGAGCCAGUUUAUUUCAUCUGUGAAACAAGAACCAGAAAUGAAUUACCAAAACCUAGCUCAACAACAAAUUGACAAUUCGAAGGCGGCCACUUCAUUGGCGGCUGUAGGUAAUUCAUUUACAUUCACGACUUCAGUGAAUUCGACUCGUGUUUCACCUGUGAAUAUAGGUGGUGGAGUUGGUGCUGGUGGUGGUAAUACGAAUCUUACUCGUUAUAACAGUUCGCCUGCUGGAUUCUUUGACUUGAUCAAUAUUGAAAAUGAAUAUGGUGCUAUGCGAGGCGUAGGGAGUUACGGAACUGGUGCUAAUGCUACAGCAGAAACUUCAUUGUCGACUCCGAAGAGAUUCAAGACUCAAGUGGGAAUCUCAUCGGGGAAACCUCCUGCUUUUCCAGGGCUAAUGACUCCAAUCUCUGAAAUCGGAGAUAAAGUCGUGGAAGAAAACAGCAGUGGCGAUGAACAUAAGAACGAUGAGAGUUCCAUUACUGAUUUUCCUAUCCCUUCUUGGGAAGAUUCACAUAUUUUGUCCGACGAUUUCCUCAAAGCUGAAGACAUUGAGAUUGAGCCGUUCUCUAAUGUAAAUGCAUCUGAUAAUCAGAAUUGUGAAGGUCUAUCUCGUCCGCCAAUUCCAUUAUCUCAUCAUUUGAGUUUGCCCACAAGUACAUUGGAGAAGCUCUUGCAAGAUUCAACACCCUUAAAUGUCAGAGCAAAGAGAGGUUGCGCGACUCACCCUCGUAGCAUUGCAGAAAGGGUGAGAAGAACAAAAAUAAGCGAUAGAAUGAGGAGGCUGCAAGAGCUUGUUCCUAACAUGGACAAGCAAACAAAUACAGCAGAUAUGUUGGAUUUUGCAGUAGAUUACAUUAAAGAGCUGGAGAAACAAGUCAAGAUACUAGCAGAAAAGCGCGCCAAAUGUACAUGCACAAAUAAGUAAAAGAGGCACAUAUCAAAAGUUGAGGGCAAGACAACCUUUUAUACUUUAAAGGAAGAUGAGAAGGAGUUGACAAUGGAAAUAGCAAGCAGAAGUGGAUUCCUUUUUUCACUUGAAGAAAAUGGAGUUGGGAUUUUGAUGGUAAAAAGAUAGGAGCAAAUAUAUUUGAUGCAAACAUAAUAAACUUCUUUCGUAAUAGUAGUGUUCGGGUGAGUUUGCGUUGCACCUUGACUAUUCCACCGAAUAUUUGUAUAUCUUUUACUUUAUAGGUCGUGGAAUACUUGCUACUCCUAUUUCUUAUCGAUACUAGUAUCGGGUAAUUCUAUCCACCGCAAGGCGUGAUGUGAUAUAAUAAACUUAAAUGUACAUAUACUUUUAUUGUGUAUUUUACUUGACCUUUUAUGUCUAUAAAAGGUAUAGCAUGCUAGAGA